AUGAAUUCUUAUCCUGGUAGUUCAUCUUAUUUAUCAUCGUCUUCUUUAGAUGAUGACUAUUAUGAUGAUAUAGAAAUGCAAGUAGUAGGUCAAAUUACUGCUAACAACAAUUUUUGUGUUGCUCAACACCAACAAAACAAAGGCUCACGUCGAGGCUCGAUUCCUGGUCAUAUAGUUAUCAACCGUGACGAAGAAAGUGCUAAUCGCAAUCUCUUCAACGAUUAUUUUGCAAAGAAUCCUCGAUUUACCGAUUUGAUGUUUCGCCGAAGAUUUCAAAUGGGUCGUCCUUUAUUCCUUCAUAUUUUGAAUGCUAUACAAAGACAUGACAAUUACUUCAUCCAGCGAAGGGAUGGAAUGGGUAAACUCGGGUUAUCAGGUUUGCAAAAAAUAACAGUUGUAUUUCGAAUGUUGGCGUAUGGUGUACCAGCAGAUGCUACUGAUGAAUACAUCAAAAUAGGAGAAUCUACAACUAUAGAAAGCUUGAAGCAAUUUUGUCGUGUUGUUGUCGAGGUGUUUGGAGCCCGCUAUCUCCGAUCACCUAACGCUGAUGAUGUUACAAGACUACUCCACAUUGGUGAACGUCGAGGUUUUCUAGAAAUGUUGGGAAAUUUAGAUUGUAUGCAUUGGAAAUGGAAAAAUUGCCCAACUGCUUGGGGAGGACAAUAUGCCGGUCAUAGUGGGUCCCCAACUAUUAUUCUUGAAGCUGUAGCUGACUAUGAACUCUGGAUAUAA